CCCACGUAAAAUUGGGCAUUUAGUUUGCACGGCUGAUAGAUUCCCCCUCCUUUCGAUCUUGCCCAUGUGAAGAGCUGUAUAAAAUAUGAAUGAAUUGUAGUAACAUUCGUGAUGUUUCUGUUUACAGCUCUGAAUCUUGCCGAAUUAUUUCUUGGUCCUAAUCGCCAUUGUGAUCAUUGGAGUAGUCGUAUGAUCAUAUAUAUUCCUAUAAAUCCUGUGCAAAACUAGCUGUGACUUGGUUGGGAAUUGGAGUUGGAGUUGGAGAGAUAAGAAUAGAGUUUGAAACAGAUUAGAAUGGGUGUGGAUGAUGAGGAAUGCGAUACAGAACUGGGUCUUGGAAUGAGAAUUCGCCCUUCAACUCCUGUACAGCUGGAUCUGCUGCCUUUGGCUCCAGCACGUCUUGAUUCGUCUUCUCUCUCUGUAUUUCCAUGUGGGAAGAAUUCAGCAGAUCGAGCUUCGGCGAUUCCAAGGAAAAAUUUCAUCGAUGUGAAUGGAUUGGCUCCUGCUCUCUGUUAUUCUAAGCAGCAUGGCGAUACCCACAAUGAUAAUAUGGGUCCCUUCUAUAAGACCACCAUGUCGUCUUUCCAUGUGGAUCAUGACAACGUUGUUGAUCAGGAAAGCAGCUAUGGAGUGGGCAUAAAACGUGAGCGAGAUAGCGUUACAGGAGAUUUUGAGGGCGAUAAGGCUUAUUGUAGGGUAAGUGAUGAAGAAGAGGAGGGCAGUGGUACAAGGAAGAAGCUGAGAUUGUCAAAACAGCAAUCUGCUACUUUAGAAGAAACAUUCAAAGAAAACAGCACUCUCAACCCAAAGCAAAAGGAAGCCUUGGCCAAACAUCUCAAUCUAAGUCCUCGACAAGUUGAAGUUUGGUUCCAAAAUAGGAGGGCAAGAACCAAGUUUAAGCAAACAGAAGUGGACUGUGAACUCCUAAGGAGGUGUUAUGAAUCGUUAACAGAGGAAAAUAGAAGGCUGCAGGAAGAGUUAAUAGAACUGAGAUCUCUAAAACUUGCAUCAACGUCGUCUCCACUGUACAUGCAAAUGCAGUCACCUUCAGCAAAUCUAACAGUGUGCCCUUCCUGUCAAAGAGUCAUGAAAUCUGAUAACAUUAAGCCCUUUACUUCUCUGCAAAAAUCACACUUCUAUCCUUCCUAUACUCAUUCUUCUGUGGCUUGCUGAUUAUAUGUACAUUAACCAUAUUGGGUUUCUUUCGCUUAACUCUGCCUGGCCACCUCUGAGUUUAUUGAGCAGCUGGUGCGACUGUAAUAUACUUCGUGGUUAGGUGUUCAUAAUAUUUUAAAAUUGGUCCAAAGGUACAGUUAUACUCCAUAUAGAAGUAGGACGAAGACCCUUCUCUUUUCUAAGGUUGUCCUCAUAGGAAAUCCUCUUCUCAUAUUGUUCUAGUGAAAGAAAGGAAAAGAGUGUUGGAAUUAUAAGUUUGAUUGUAGAAGCAUAAAGACCUAUCUACAAAGUUUUCAGAUGUCUUUAGAAGCUAUUGAGUUUUGUACAACCUUUUAAACAGUUCUAAUUAUAUAUUUGGUUUCAAUGUAUAAGGAACUUGCUAGAAACUUGCUAGAAAUAUAUAGAUAUUCUUGUACAUAUAUAAUUAGUUGCAGUUGUGAAUACAACAAUAGAAGAAGAUUAAUGAAGAAUUGAUUUAAUAUA